AUGGCUACACCAACCCAUGCUCAGUCUUCCCUUCCUGCCCUACCGGCACAUCUUCAGAACGACACCCACCUCGCUGCCCAUCUUGCCAGCAGGUUCCAUGUCUCCCUACCAACUGCUCGCCUCUCCUCCCAGGCGUUGAUAUGUCUAAACACAUACACCUCGUCCACCAAGGGACCAGAUGGCGGCAAGGAAGGCAGUGCCAUGGGAGAAGCCGAAGACCUUGCCAGACGUGCCUGGACGAGACUCGGUUCCCGUGGUGAAAAUCAGGCCAUCGUUUUCUUGGGCGAGUCUGGCUCUGGAAAAACUACCCUUCGUUCACACCUUCUCUCCUCUAUUCUGUCGUUUUCGUCGACUCCUCUGUCAACGAAGCUCUCCCUAGCUGCAUUUGUGUUCGACACUCUCACCACUACCAAGUCUGUCACCACUCCUACUGCCUCCAAGGCCGGUCUCUACUUUGAGCUCCAAUACGAUGGAUCAUCCACUAUCAACCCUACCCUCAUCGGUGGAAAGGUGCUCGACCAUCGACUCGAGAGAAGCCGUAUUGCAUCUGUCCCUACCGGAGAACGUUCAUUCCAUGUUCUCUACUAUCUUUUGGCUGGUACCAGCGCUGCCGAGAGAACUCACUUAGGAUUGGAAAGCCCCACGGCUGUCAGAGGUGGUGCCGGCAACCGAUCCUCUAUCGGUGAGAUGCACAAGAGAUGGCGCUACCUCGGCCAUCCAACCCAGAUGAAGGUCGGAAUCAAUGACUCGGAAGGCUUCCAGCAUUUCAAGACUGCUCUCCGCAAACUGGAGUUCCCUCGCAGUGAUAUUGCGGAAAUAUGUCAGGUCCUUGCUUGUAUCCUUCAUCUCGGACAGCUAGAAUUCGCGACUGGUCAGUCCACCAGGACAGCCCCCGAAGAGAGUGGCGGAUAUUCUCACGAAGGUGGUGAGACUGUUACAAUUGUCAAAAAUAAAGAUACCCUGGCCAUCGUAGCCGCAUUCCUGGGACUGAGCACCGACGACCUGGAACUUAGUCUCGGAAACAAAACCAAGACUAUUCACCGUGAACGAGUUACCGUCAUGUUGGAUCCUGCCGGGGCCCGAGCCAACGCUGACGAGUUCGCGCGAACCCUCUAUGCACUCCUGGUCGCUUACGUUAUUGAAAACAUCAACCAGAGAGUUUGUGCCGCUGAGAGCGCCGUUGCCAACACUAUCUCCAUUGUCGACUUCCCCGGAUUUGCCCAGAGCUCUGCCACCGGUUCAACCCUAGAUCAGCUCUUGAACAAUGCCGCCACCGAGUCCUUGUAUCAGUACUGUCUACAGAACUUCUUCGAGCGCCAGGCUAACAUGCUGGAGACUGAGGAAGUCAGUGUUCCAGCCACAAGCUACUUCGACAACUCCGAUGCUGUACGAGGCCUCCUUAAGCACGGAAACGGCCUCUUGUCCAUCCUCGAUGACCAGACCAAGCGAGGACGAACUGACAUGCAGAUGUUGGAAAGUAUGAGAAAGAGAUUUGACAACAAGAAUCCCGCAAUCUCUGUUAGCAGCUCAACUGCUAUCUUGCCCGGCAGCAACUUCCCCACUCAAAACACCGCUGCUUCUUUCACCAUCAGGCACUUUGCCGGAGAAGUCGAGUACCCUGUCAAGGGCCUCAUUGAGGAGAAUGGAGAUCUCAUCUCAGGAGACUUGCUCAACCUUAUCAACAACACCAGGAGCGGCUUCGUCCGUGAUCUGUUUGGACAAGAGGCCCUCCAGACUAUUCACCAUCCAAAGGAGAGAUCUGCCAUCAUGCAGGCCCAAGUUAGCUCAAAGCCACUGCGAAUGCCUAGCAUGGCUCGCCGUAAGACAAGCAGAGUGUCUAAGUUUGCUCCUGCUGCCCCAAGUUCUGAGAAUGAAGAUACAGACGAUGCCAGCAGUGGCAGAAGGGCUGCAUCGGGCAGUAACAAUAAUAAGAAGGGAGAUAUUGGUCUGAAACAGGGAGCUGCCGCCCAAUUCCUUGCUUCCCUCGAUAAUAUCAACAAGUCCCUCUCUGCUACAAAUGUCAACCCCUACAUCGUCUUCUGUCUCAAGCCCAAUGAUCGGCGAAUUGCCAAUCAGUUCGACAGCAAGUGUGUCCGUACACAGGUACAGAUGUUUGGCAUCGCAGAAAUCAGCCAACGUCUGCGUAAUGCCGAUUUCUCCGUCUUCUUACCCUUCGCUGAGUUCUUGGGUCUCGCUGAAGAAGAAUCCGUCAUUGUUGGAAGUGACAAGGAGAAAUCUCAGCUUGUCAUUGAUGAGAAGCGUUGGCCUAACAACGAAGCCCGCGUUGGUAGUACCGGUGUGUUCCUGAGUGAACGAUGCUGGGCUGAUGUUGCAAAGGUUGGGGAGAGAGUUGUACCUGCGUUCAAUGGAAGCGGUACCGACGACGGCAGUGGUGGUAUGGGUAACAACGGAUACGGUGACUCCAAGGUCCGACUUCUUACCCCAGCAGACAGUACUCCCGGUGCUUACAUUUAUGGUGACGAAACCAAGGGAGGAUAUUUCAACAGCCGUGAUGUCGAUGCCCGUUCUGAAGCUGGUGCAUCUGCGUUCCACUCGGGAGAUAUGUUCAAGAACUUGGAAACCCGUGAGCAGAUGGCCGAAAAAGGAAAUGAGAAGCAAAUGGUGGAGGUGGAAGAUGUUAUUGUUUCCGGCAGCCGUAAACGAUGGCUGUUCCUCGUCUACCUUCUCACUUGGUUUAUUCCCGAUUUCCUGAUCAGGUUCGUUGGACGAAUGAAACGAAAGGAUAUACGUGUUGCCUGGCGUGAAAAGCUCGCCAUCAACAUGCUUAUCUGGUUCACUUGUGGCUUCGCUGUCUUCUUCGUCAUUUUCUUCCCCGGUCUCAUUUGCCCUCCACAACACGUCUUUUCCGCCGCAGAGUUGACUACCCAUAACGGUGAUCCCGGUAAAAAUGCAUUCAUUGCCAUUCGUGGUGAGGUCUUCGAUCUCGGAGAAUAUGCCAAAUCCCAUUAUCCUAGCAUUGUUCCCCGAAAGGAUUUGGUCAAGUACGCCGGUACCGAUGCAACUGACCUGUUCCCGGUACAAGUUUCCGCCCUCUGUGAUGGUGUGGAUGGAAAGAUUAACGAUGCUGUUCAACUUGAUUACACUCCAACCAACCGUACCGGCUCAGCCUCCGUCAUCAGCAAGACCGACACCAAUGCCCAGUACCAUGACUUCCGUGCUUUCCUCAAGGAUUCCAGGCCAUGGUGGUAUUUCAAGCAGAUGAAAAUGUUGCGCCAAAAUUACGCCAAGGGUCGCAUUGGUUUCACGCCAAAGCAGCUGGCAGAAAUGGGCGACCAGUCACAAUACAUUGCGUAUAUUCACAGCCGUGUAUACGACGUCACUACCUAUAUUACUGGUGGCCGAGUAGUCAAAGCCAAAGACGGACAGACUCUUCCAAAGGACGUCAAUGUUGACUUCAUGCAUCCCGAUGUUAUUAACCUUUUCCAACGCUACCCUGGACAGGAUAUCACCAAGCAAUUCGAGGAGCUGAAUAUCGGCGCUGGAAUGCGUAAGAGCAUGCAAAUUUGUCUCGACAACUUGUACCUUGCGGGUGAAAUCGAUAUUCGAACUUCCCCCCGAUGUUUGUUCUCUCAGUAUUUCAUUCUUGCCAUCUCAGUCCUCUUGGCCACAAUCAUUGGAUUCAAGUUCUUGGCUGCUCUGCAGUUUGGAAAGAAGAAUAUCCCCGAGAAUAUUGACAAAUUCAUCAUUUGCCAAGUUCCUGCCUAUACCGAAGAUGAAGAAUCUCUGCGCCGUGCCAUCGACUCCAUGGCUCGUAUGAAGUAUGAUGAUAAACGCAAGCUUCUCCUUGUCGUUUGUGACGGUAUGAUUAUUGGACAAGGAAACGACCGCCCAACUCCUCGAAUUGUUCUUGACAUCUUUGGUGUUCCGGAGAAUAUUGAUCCAGAGCCACUCAGCUUCGAGAGUUUGGGAGAAGGUAUGAGACAGCACAACAUGGGUAAAGUCUACUCCGGUCUAUACGAAGUACAGGGUCAUAUUGUACCGUUCUUGGUUGUUGUCAAGGUCGGAAAGCCAUCUGAGGUAUCGAAACCUGGUAACCGUGGAAAGCGAGACUCGCAGAUGGUUGUUAUGCGCUUCUUGAACCGUGUUCACUACAAUGCUCCUCUCAGUCCUCUUGAGCUCGAGAUGCAUCAUCAGAUCCGUAACAUCAUUGGAGUCAACCCCACCUUCUACGAGUUUAUCCUACAGGUCGAUGCCGAUACAACAGUGGCCUCUGAUUCGGCAACUCGAAUGGUAGCAGCAUUCCUUCAUGAUACACGCGUUAUUGCACUCUGUGGAGAGACUGGUUUGAACAACGCCAAAGCCUCAAUGAUUACUAUGAUUCAGGUCUACGAAUACUACAUCUCUCACAACCUUACAAAGGCCUUCGAGAGUUUGUUCGGUUCCGUCACUUGUUUGCCCGGUUGUUUCACCAUGUAUCGAAUCAGAGCUGCUGAUACCGGAAAACCUCUCUUCGUCAGCAAGGAAGUCGUUGAUGCUUAUGGUGAAAUUCGUGUUGAUACUCUGCAUAUGAAGAACUUGCUUCACCUUGGUGAGGAUCGUUACCUGACCACCCUCCUCCUCAAGCAUCAUUCGAAGUACAAGACCAAGUUCACUUUCAACGCCCACGCCUGGACCAUUGCACCCGAUACCUGGGCCGUCUUCAUGUCUCAGCGUCGUCGAUGGAUCAAUUCCACAGUACACAACCUGGUCGAACUGAUCCCACUUCAACAGCUCUGUGGUUUCUGCUGCUUCAGUAUGCGAUUUAUUGUCUUCGUCGAUCUUCUCAGUACCAUCAUCCAGCCCGUCGCCGUUGCCUAUAUCGUCUAUCUUAUCGUCCUCGUUGCAUUGAACAGCGGAACUGUCCCCUGGACAGCGCUUGUCCUACUUGCAGCCAUCUACGGUCUUCAGGCUAUCAUCUUCAUUGUCCGCAGGAAGUGGGAGAUGGUGGGAUGGAUGAUAAUUUACAUUCUCGCCAUGCCUGUGUUCUCCAUGGGUCUCCCUCUAUAUGCCUUCUGGCACAUGGACGAUUUCAGUUGGGGUAACACCCGUAUCGUCACUGGUGAGAAGGGCCGUAAGGUCGUCAUUUCCGACGAAGGCAAAUUCGACCCAGCUUCCAUCCCCAAAAAGAAGUGGGAAGAAUACCAGGCUGAACUCUGGGAAGCCCAGACCCAUGCUGGUGGUGAUGACAGAUCUGAAGUCUCUGGCUAUUCAUAUGCCACCAAGACUCACUACCCAGCCGGUACUGAAUACGGAUACUCUGCUUCCCGACCUGUAUCUCAGAUAGAUCUCAACAACCGCUACAGCUCUCGCCUCUCCAUGUCCGCCACAGAGCUGCUUGGCCGAGGCUCAGACGUCGAGAUGGCGGAUCUUUCCGCCCUACCAAAUGAUGACUCCCUCCUUGCUGAAAUCAGAGAUAUCCUCCGUACCGCAGACUUGAUGACCGUGACGAAAAAGAGUGUGAAACUUGAGUUAGAACGUAGGUUUAACGUCAACCUAGAUGCAAAGCGGGCGUACAUUAAUUCUGCUACCGAAGCAGUUCUUUCGGGCCAACUUUAA